UCGACCUGGCUCACAUUGAUCUUUCCGCGUCGUGUGUUGACGGACUGUGUUGCGCCGCUGCCGCCACCGCCGCCGGGUUCCGCGAGUCAUCGCCCUACGUCCUCCAGCGCACGAGUCGAUCCCCAUCAUUUGCUGAUCAAGAUGAUGUGCGGGUAAUUAAUUGGUGCGUGAGUGUAUCGAGUGAGGUUCGCGUGCGGCAGUUGGGUGCAGUUGUUGACUGCAGCGAUGCAGCGCAGUAAAGAAGACAUCUUCGAUCAGAAGAAGAUCGAGAUCGAAUCAUGGCUGCAGCGGCUGGAGAAGCGUCUUGGGCAGAUGGCCCCCGUCGGGCAUACGGCCGACGUGCUCGGAAUGCAAUUGCGCGAGCAAAAGAGCUUCCACGCCGAGAUACACACCUUCAAGCUGCAGGUUGAGAACUUCCAACAGCUCGCGCAAAAGUGCAUUGCGAUGCAUCAACAUGAAGACACCAGUCGUUUUAAGCGAUCUGUAUCAGACAUAACUCAACUCUAUACUCGACUCGAUGCAUGCGUGAUCAACCGUGGCAAGCUUCUUCACGCUGCGAUGAGCUCUCUGCAAAACCUCGACCGCUCUCUUGACAAGUUCCUCGCAUGGUUAAGCGAGGUGGAGUCUGUGCUCGAGUCGCUCGAGGCCGAUAGCGACUCACGGAGAGGCGCUCAGGGUCUGGAAGAACUUCAGAUUGAUAUAGACAGGCAAUCAACCACGCAUCAAGCUUUAAGAACUUCUAGUUUAGCGCUGCUGGGUACUUUAGCACCUGAGGAUGCGCUCAUGCUGCAGCUGCGUGGUGAUGAGAUGGAGCGUCGUUGGCAAGCUUUAAAAUCGAGAACAAUGGAGUUAAGAAAUAGAUUAGAGCAUAACACAGAAUAUUGGAAUGCAUUAUUACUAGCUCUAAGGGAGUUGACAGAAUGGGUGAUUAGGAAAGACACUGAGUUGGGUUUAGCUUCAAGGCAGGAUGAUCAUCGUGCGUUUAGACAGCAGUUGGAAGAUAAACGACCAAUGGUGGAGAGUUCUCUACGCUCUGCACGACAAUUUGUUGCUGGGGAACCCUCGGGUGAACUUGCGAGAAAUUUACGCCGAGAGUUGGUCAAACUUAGCGAUAAAUGGAACGCGUUGAUUGAUAGAUCCGAUCAGAUGGCUGCUAGAUUUGAACAGAACAAUGUUAAACUUAAACAAUUGACAACAACAUUGGAAGAAUCUUCUGCAGCUGUUGCGCGUCUUGAACGCGCUUCAUUGAGUUGGAGCGGUCCUAGAAAUCCUUCGGAAGCUCGCGAUCUUCUCAAUGGUUUAACUAACUUGGAGCAACAAUUGCCUCCUUUACAACGCUGUUUGGAGGAAGCCCGUAAUCAGGCUUCUAUGAUUGGUCAUGCCCUGCCUCCGGCUCAAGCCAAUCAACUCGAAGAUUGCACAGCGCGUUGUCGCGCCCUUCAAGCCGCCAUUCGCGAACGCCGCGAUGUUUUACAAACUGCAUGCCAAGGUGAAUUGUCGCCCGGACCUUCCAGCGUACAAGCGCCAUGGGAGAGAGCGACUACACCUAAUAAAGUACCUUAUUAUAUAAAUCAUAGCACUGAAACAACUCAUUGGGAUCACCCACAUAUGCUCGAACUAGCUCUCAUCUUGCUACAACUGAACGAGGUACGUUUUUCCGCAUAUCGCACCGCGUUAAAAUUGCGUACAAUUCAAAAAAAGCUAUGCUUCGAUUUGGUUACUCUUGCAACAACGACGGAGUCGUUUGAUGUGCAUGGCCUACGUGCGCAAAACGACCGUCUCCUAGAUGUGACCGAUAUGAUGAUGGUAUUGAGGUCGUUGUUCAAUGCAACAGCUCAACAGAAUCCCAACAUGGUGGACGUACCGCUUUGCGUUGACAUGGCGCUCAAUUGGGUGCUGAAUGUCUAUGAUAGUCAGCGGACUGGUCAGAUACGAGUGUUGAGUUUUAAAGUUGGGUUGAUUCUCUUGGCGAAAGGCCAUCUUGAAGAUAAAUAUCGUUAUUUGUUUCGGUUGAUUGCGGAUCUUCAACAGAAAGCCGAUCAGAGAAAAUUGGGUCUUUUAUUGCACGAUGUGCUGCAGGUACCAAGGCAACUCGGUGAAGUUGCUGCAUUUGGCGGUUCUAACAUUGAACCAAGUGUGCGGAGUUGUUUGGGUGAACGUGAGGAACUUGAAGCUACGCAUUUUCUCGCCUGGUUAAAGCAAGAACCACAAUCUUUGGUCUGGUUGCCCGUUUUGCAUCGCGUCGCUGCUGCGGAAUCAGCAAAACAUCAAGCAAAGUGUAACUCUUGCAAACAGUAUCCUAUCGUAGGCUUGCGGUACAGAUGCCUCAAGUGUUUCAACUUUGAUAUGUGUCAAGGGUGUUUCUUCUCCGGGCGUCUCACAAAGGGGCACAAAUUAUCGCAUCCGAUGCAUGAAUAUUGCGCAGCUACAACUUCGGUUGAAGACGUGAGAGAUUUUACAAAAGCAUUGCGUAAUAAGUUUAAGAGCAAGCGCCAUUUUGUGAAACACCCAAGAGUGGGUUACCUGCCAGUAAGAUCGGUCUUGGAAGGCGAUGAAUUGGAAAGUCCUGUGGCUUCUCCGCAACACAAUGACAUGCAUUCAAGGCUGGAAAUAUAUGCGAGUCGUUUAGCAGAGGUGGAAUUACGCGCUGCAUCACCCGAAGACGAACAUCGUUUGAUAGCUGAUUUAUGUCACUCAUUAGAGGGCGCACCCGCUAGUCCCGGACAACUUAUGCUCGUGAUUGACGAAGAGCAACGCGCCGAGUUACAGGAUAUGAUUAGAGAGUUAGAGGCGGAGAAUAACGCGCUACGGCAAGAGUAUGACCAAUUGCAGAGAGGAUCAAAUCCGCAACCGAUACAAGCACAACAUGAUGUAGUCGCGGAAGCUAGACUGUUGCGCCAGCACAAAGGGCGUUUGGAAGCAAGAAUGCAGAUCUUGGAGGAUCACAAUCGUCAGUUGGAGGCACAAUUGCAGAGAUUACGUCAGUUGCUUGACGAGCCCGGUGCGACCACCACCACGCUACAAACUCGGUCGGUGACAGCUUCUCAGUUGAAUCAGGACAUUCCGGGCAGGGUUAAUCAGCCGCCGCCGCCUUUAAACGAUCACCGCUAGUAUUAGUACUCGUAGUUGUAAUACCUUAUCAUCCCACUAAGCUUAUGGUAAAGUAUUUACUAACAUAUCUCCCUAUACAUAUACUCAUGAGUGCAUAUCGUAGAAAGACGAAUGAUGAAACAAGCUUACUAGUAUCUUCCAAUGUAUACAAUAUACUAUAAGUGUGUCGGAGAGUCAGAGAUGUGGUAUAUGCUUCACAUUAAAAAUCACAAUAACACAGCCGCCAUUGUGGUCUCCCACAACUCUGACUUUUUUCAUCACAAGAGACUAAUAUCGUUAGAAAAAUGUUACAAUCACGUUAACUGUGAAUGUGUUAAGUUUGAAAUGACUGCAUGCCAUUCUAUUAACUGAUCAUCAUAAUCAUCACACUCGAAUAUUAAUCAUAACUCAUUAUAUUAAAAGGUUCGGUUUUUCACUGGCAUGUGUGUAUUUGUAAAACACGUUUUGUGUCUCUAUCAGUCGGUACAAACAUUAUUUACAGAGAAGCGAUGGUUCAUCGAUGACAAUAUUUAUACAAAACAUUAUCUAAUAACACACACAAACAGAAACACUUUUGUAAAUUGUGAGCGCUUUUGCAGCCAUGUUUAAAGUUAAACGUAAAUUAAGCGUAGGAAGUCAGCUAGACUGGAUCAGUAUUUAAAAACAAAACAAGUAAGGACGUUUUACAAAUGAUGCCAUAAUAUCAAAAUGAGAUGCACGUUAUUAUGUACGUAUAAGAAAGGAUUACUCUUUGUUAUAAGCGCAACUGAUUUAUACACUGCACCCCCCAGUAACUUGUAUGUCGUGCUUUUGAUUAAUUGACUCCUUAGUCGUUUGCCUAUGUUUGUGCCAUAUUAUAAAAUAUUACGAAAAUAAAUAACUUUUCAUGGGGUUAUUCGAAA